CCGGAAGUGCCUCCUCACCUCUGGAGUCCGCGCGGACGCGGCUUCCUUACCUCAUUUGUCCUCGCCCCUCCCCAUUCCUCUACGUGUUUCGGUUCCUGGUUGGUGCUUCCUGGUCGCAGCCGCGGCACAUUACAGCGACUGACUUUCCAUAAUGUUUGGCGGCUAUGAGACUAUAGAAGCAUAUGAAGAUGAUCUUUAUCGUGACGAUUCAUCUAGUGAGCUGAGUGUCGAUAGUGAGGUGGAAUUUCAGCUUUACAGCCAAGUUCAUUAUGCCCAGAGUCUGCAUAAUGCCGACAAGGAAAGAGAGUAUGAGGAAAGGAACUGUGAGAAUCCUGAAAUAGCAGGGAUUCAACCAAAUCAGAACUUAAUCGUUCUUUCAGAUAGUGAAGUCAUCCAGUUAUCAGAUACGUCGGAGGCCAUCACAUUAUCUGAUGAAGAUAGUAUUUAUAGAUGUGAAAGAAAAAAUAUUAAAGUCCAAGCACAAGCAAAGAGCCAAAGUCCUGUUUCUCCUCAUUCUAAUACAUUGGCUAAGAAACACAAGAGGGAUAAUGAGAAGCCUGAACUUGAAGAGAGAUCAAGUGUGAUCCGAGAGGUCAUGAUCAUAGAGGUCAGUUCAGAUGAGGAGGAAGAAAGCACCAUUUCAGAGAAUGAAAAUGUGGAGAGCUGGAUGCUACUGGGCUGUGAGGAAGAUGAUAAAGACAACGACAUCCUUCUCAAUCUUGUGGGAUGUGAAAGCACUGGUGCUGAAGGAGAAGGUGAUGCAAACUGGUUCAUCAUUGACAAAGACAUCGAGGCCAAGGUAGGCAAUAACAGAUCAUCUGGAAGAUGGACCAACCGAUACUAUUCAGCCGACAAAAAUGUCACAUGUAGAAAUUGUGAUAAACGUGGCCAUUUGUCAAAAAACUGCCCCUUACCACAAAAAGUCCGGCCUUGUUGCCUCUGCUCGGAGAGAGGACACUUCCAGCAUGCCUGUCCAGCCCGUUUCUGCUCAGACUGCUCUUUGCCCAUGCCCUCCAUGCACAGAUGUCUUGAAAGAUCUUCCUGGAGAAAACGAUGUGGCCGAUGUGAUAUGACAGGCCACUAUGCUGACGCUUGCCCAGAAAUCUGGAGGCAGUAUCACCUAACGACCAAACCUGGACCGCCGAGAAGACCGACGACCCCUUCUGGACAGUCAGCAUUAGUGUAUUGCUACAACUGUGCACAGAAAGGCCAUUAUGGACAUGAAUGUACAGAAAGAAGAAUGUUUAGCCAGACGUUUCCAACAUCUCCGUUCAUCUACUACUAUGACGACCAACACGAGAUCCAGCAGAGAUAUCGGAGAAUAAAACGGAAAGUGAAAGAAAUGCAGAAAAAUGGAGAUUUUCCGGGGCAGUUCAGAAGACCAUACGUAGAAGAGACAGAUAAGAGGGGCCAUUACAGUGUGAGAAAAAGCUAUUCCUCAAAGAAAAGCAGCAAGUGGCCUCAAAAACAUAAAAAAACCCACAAAGAAAUGACCAGGAAAAGAGAAGGUGAGAGGCAUAGGUGGACUGACCAGCCCGGUGACAUGGAUGAAGACUUCCCUAGGGGCUCAAAACCCCACUCCUCUAGCAGUGCUGCAGCCCGAAAGCUAUUCAGGUCCCGUCACCAUCCGUCCCAUCACCACAGACUGAGAGAAGAGAAGGUUCUCAGAGAGAGCAAGCGCAGCAAACCAAAGAAAGGGAAAUGCACGGAAGAGGACAGCAACGAUAAUUUAUUUCUCAUUAAGCAAAAGAAGAGGAAGACGAAGCUGUGAAGUGGUUUCUGAACAACUUCACAUGCAGCUUUUCUGGCAGCAUACUGUUAUCUGUAUGUUAUGUGAAGGGGGCUUUGGAUUAUGAUUGCUUAAUAUGUCAGCCAUACCUAGCGCUGCUGAGUGGAAGCCAUGGAAGGUCACGGCUGUUUAUUAGAUAAGAAAAGUAAACUUGGGUUUCAGGUCCUCUAGCAAUUUCACUUGAGGUAGAAAAACUGUCUUUUUAAGAAAAUCUUUUUUACAUGCUUUGAAAAAAAUUAAAGCUCCUCGGAUAUAAUUCAUCUAUAAUGUUUGAGGACUUAAAAGCUCAUUGGAAGAGAGGUUAGUGCGAAUAAGAAAAAUCACUACUACCUUCUUACCUUUGUUGUUUGUUUGUUUUUUAAACACUGGAAAAUCAAUGAAAAUCCAAAUCUACCUUUGCUUGCUUCAGAAGCUGUUGGAUUCUUUUGUCCAAACAGAACAUCCAGGACUGGCUGUGAAAAUGAAGACGUCUCUGUUGAAGCUUGGAGGAGGCAGAAGAGAGGCGAUGGCAAGAGUGAUGUACAGGGCCUGCAUUGUGGGUGUGCAGGACAGGUUUCCUGAGAAACGGGACAACUUUAGCAUAAUCACACUUGGACUGUUUUUUUCCAGUUUACAGCCAUAGUGCAAGAAAUAGAGAUAAUAUUACCCAACUUAAUUUGUUUUCAUGGAUCUUUUUAAGUACCACAAAGCUAUUCGGAAUCUUUUGUAUUUGUGAACCUUUUUUACACUUGUGAAAGCCCAGUGUUAGAACAAGAAAAAUAAAAUGCCUGAAACAAUGA